AAAGAGACUUUCAGGUUUAUUCAAUUGACCGUUUUUGUCCCUACAACACGCUCUUCCUUCUUCUUCUUCUUCUUCUUCAAACACAUGUAAUUGAUGCCACUCACUCACACCCUUUUUCUGAAACCUUCUUCUUCCUCUGAAGAUUUUCACUCUUCAUGGGUUGCUUUCUUGCUUGUUUUGGUUCCUCCAAACGCAAGCUUCAGAGAAAUGCUGGUAGUUGCCAGCCAGAGAAACCUUGUGUAUCUACGGUUCAGGAUCACUCCUCCAAAACCGUUCUUAUUCAUACACCACAACCACAACAACAACUCCAGGAGAAAAGUGAGGAGAGUUUGAGUGUUAGCACCAGAAAGAAAGUAACUUUUGAUUCCAAUGUGAAAACCUAUGAGCCUGUUUUGCAAGAUGAAGUUGGGGGUUUAAGGGAGAGUGAAGAAGGUGGAAAGGUGGAAGCUUUGGUUAAACAAAGUCAAACAAAGUCAUCUUCUUCUGAAGAUAGUUCUGUUACUUCAACUGGGUCUUACCCUCCGAACCACAGGUACCAGAAUUGUAGGGACAGUGAUGAUGAAGAUGCAGAAGAGCUUGAUGAUUAUGGGGCUAGUGAUCUUAGUGAUGAGGAUGAGGAUGAUGAAUUGGGGGGUGACUUUGAAGAAGAUGGAAUGUCAUGCUCAAAGGCAACAAUUGAUGUUGAUCAUGUGUUUGCUGAGGAGGUGGAGAGUCCAAUCCUUGCUUUUGAAGGUGAUGUGAAGUCAAUUGGGUUCAAUUCCAAUGCUAGAGACAGAAGUGUUUAUGUUCAUCCUGUGCUGAACCCUGUGGAAAAUCUCAGUCAGUGGAAAGUUGUCAAGGGUAAAAGGACCCCGACAUUGAGGCCUCAGAAGGAGAAUUUUGUUUCUUCCAACCAUGAUUCAGAAACUGGCACAUCAAAGAAGUUAAACCAGGAACUCUCAGUUGAUGCCAGCCUCUCAAAUUGGUUGGUUUCACCUGAGACUACUACUACACCGGUUAACAAGGCGGGCUGGGGCUCGGAGGCUUCUUAUACUAGAACUCCUGACAGGAGCACCUCACAGGGUUCAAAUUCUAUGAUCAGCCAUGAAGACAGGCCUAUUUUAGGUGCAUUGACAUUGGAAGAGAUCAAGCAAUUCUCAGCUACUUCGUCCCCAAGGAAGUCACCUAGUCGGAGUCCGGAUGACAUGCCCAUCAUAGGCUCUGUUGGGACCUACUGGAAUUCCACAGGCUCUGCUGAGGACUCUGGCUCAGCCACUUCCUCCUUCAAAGGAAUUCCAAACACGACGAGCAAGUACAAAGAGGAUAAGAGAGUGAAUUGGCAUUCAACCCCAUUCGAGACAAGAUUAGAGAAAGCUUUGAAUAGAGGUCCUGCAGAAGCUGCUUCUACUUAUGGUCCCCAUGUGUUUUAGACAAGCUUGCAAUGGUGUGGUUUUUGGGGAGUUCUUGUGUUGGGAAUCAAGUAUGUAAUGGGAAUGCAUUUUUUAAUUCUUGUGUAAACAUGAUAGAGUGUGAUGUUUAUUUUUCUUUUGCAAUUGUACUUGGCUUUAAACUUCAAUAUAUAAUGUGGCCCUUGAUUAA